UGUGAACGAGAGUAUUUUGUGACGUCAGAAGAGGAAGAGAUUAGAGAUACGAGAAUUUUUAUAUCAAUUUUUGGUCGCUAAAAAUUGUAAAUUUUUUUAUAAACCUAUGUAACAGGAAGAACAGGACUGUCUACAUGUCAUCAGAAAAGAAAGAUUUUCCACCUGUUGGAGCACCUACAGCGCCACAUUAUCAAGCUAUGCCAGCUUCUGCUGCUGCUGCUGCUGCCGCUGCUGCUCAUCCUGCCACAAUGACUGCACCAUAUCCUGGUUAUCCUACAACUGCAUUUACAAGUCCUGGAUAUUUACCAUCUGCACCUACAUAUCUGCCAGCCUCAUAUGGAAGCCCAAUAGGUCCUCCUCUACCAUAUGGUGCAGUUAGUGUAACUCCAAGUGUUACGUAUGGUGUUCCACCUUCAUAUCUUCCUCCUGUCGCACCUAUGUAUUCACCUCGCCCAGCAACAGUUUAUCUGCCUACAGCUUAUGAUGCUGGUGCUAGAUUUGAUGGACAUGGAAUGCCCGUAGUACCAGUAAGUAUUUAAUUAAUUAUUUAAAAA